AUGUCUUCCGUCCAGAACACCCAAGGCUCGUCUUCCAAGAGCGCGUCUGUCGACGAGAAGAAUCUUUCUAGCCAGGAGACAACGGUUGGCAAUGUCCAAGCUACCAACGUUGACCCCACCUCCUCUACCGAUACCAUGGUCGUUAACAUGGAACCUAUCACCACCUCCCACCGCAAGAGAAGUAUUGCGGCAAGCUCCAGCCAGAGUAGUGGCGCUGAAGAAUCAGGUAGCGAAUCUUCUGGUUCUUCAAAGCGUAGAAAAGUCGAGCUCGGCUUGAAAGCUUCUCCUUCCCGUUCCCGCCCAGUAAGUCCUCGCGGGCCUACUGGUUACAAGGGAAUAGGUUUGACUAGUUCACGAAACGGGUUGGCUGCUAAGAAAGACGGCCGAGUCGAGGAGCUCGUCGGUCUUGAGCAGACAGAUACCACCGAGGUUUCCGCCGCUGUUGCUCGAGAGGCCACUGACGAGUCUUCCUCGGACGUCUCCUCUUCUCCCUCGAUUGUCCCCACCUCUUCCUCUCUCGCCGCACCGGAGCCUGUUGAGCCGAAGUACCUCUUCUUGGUGAAGGAAGAAGAUCUGCCGCGAUAUCUCACAGUUGAUAGACUUUCUGUCUACAACCGGAGAAUGCGCAGUAUUCUGAAAAUCAAGGCAGACGAUGGGGAGUCUAGUACUCCCAACAGGCUCGUGGCUGAGUUGCUGAUUUUCAAGGAUUACGUCAUCAACGAUUGCAACAAGCGGCUUUCCGACUUGGAGGAUAGCCACGAAGAGUCCUUGGAGCAGCUCUACUCCUCUAACGAAGCGGCCAAGGCUGAGCUGGCAGUCUUCACAUCGUUGGAGGAGCAGAAGAAGGACUUGGUCAAUUUGUGGCGCGUUAACGACGUUCUCUAUGCACUCAAGUUCGGGAGAGACGAGAGGAUCGCCGACCUUGGCAAGUCGGUCGAUAACUUGGUUGGGCGACUGACCACUUCGACCGGUCUGUACGAUUGUCUGCGUACAGAUUACGAAGAUUUGGUUGCAGCCCAGGAAAGGGCUUUGAAAGAAGCCGCCGCCGCCGCCAAGGAGGAAACCCGUCUCUUGGGCAGCCAGUACCAGGAGCUUCUGAGCAAGUUCAACUCUUCUCAAGAAGAGUUAAAAUCCUGCAGGCAAGAGGGUCGGAUCCUCAACGACAAGCUCAGGAGCUCCGAGGUACUGGUUCAAGAGGGGGAGAGGGGGAACGAAAUGUGGAAGGGAAAGUACAAGGAGUCGAACGAUUUGGUCGAGGAGCAGAAGAUCACGAUCACGGCCAAGGACAAGAAGAUCGAGGACGAGGUCAGGAAGGGAUCUGAUCUCCAGAUGGAGUUCGAUCGCCUUAAGGAGGUGCAUUCACAUUGUCAGAAUGACCACGAACUCCUGGCUCAUCUCGACGUUCUUCAAGAUCGUAAUGAUCAACUUGCCGCCGAAACCGACCGAUGGCAAAUUUGGUUCAACGAAACGGUCAAGACGGCGCCACGCGCACCUGCGGAGGUCGCGGCAGCCAGAUCGGAUCUUGGCACUGUAGGUAGAGAACUGACUCGCUUACAAGGACUUCUCACCAUUGAGACUCAGAGAGCUAGGCAUCUUGAGGGAUUGGUCGGCUGGAACAGCAAUUUGGCCGGAGGCUCGGGCGAACGCCCACUCCAUGCUAACGCUGAAAGCCGGGCACAAUCUCGAACCAGACAAAGCCCCACAGAAUCUCUGCCAGCAGCUGAAGAAGAGUUGUUGAAUAACCAGAGCACUGCCCGACGCAACCAGGAGGCGUAUUUCAAUACUGCUUUCCAUGGUAUGCCCGGUAAUACGCAGAUGGGUGCUGAGUCUGGCAAUGAGUCCUCUGAGGAUCUCUAUGGUUCGAGUCCUCCUCCUCACAGACGUGUAGCUGGCAAUGCGGUUACGUCUGUCAAUCGUUCGAUUUCUCCUGUCAUCAAGCGUGAGGAAGCUUCCGAGUCCCCCGCUCCACAACAAUGCCCACAUGACUGGGUUCUUGGCGACGAUUGUCAGCACUGUGGCAAGAAGGUGUCUUUCGACGAUCUCCCGGACUACGAGAGUGAUGAGUAUAUCGUCCCUCCUCGACGAACCGGAUUUCGUCCAGCUGUUCCCGCAGAUCCCGUCAUUGACUGCGAUCAGUCCCCGGAGCCUGGAGAUGUCUGCGAACACACUCUUGUGUUCGGCGAUACUUGUGGACAGUGUGGUAAGAAGUUGGCUGCUUCUGCAGUCGCUGGUCCUGUUAGUACCAGCUUUCAAUACCCUGUCCAUGAGGAUGAAUGCGCACACGGAUUUGUAUUCAACGAUGGUACAUGCGGACAUUGUGGUAAGGAUAUGGCUGAUCCCAAGCCCGUUCCCGCUCCCGCUCCCGCAGCCAUGGCCCAUCCCCGUGUUUCUUUGUCUUCUUCGCCUUCUCCUCCUCCAUUCAAGGUAAAACGCCUUGCUGAGGACUCUGACUCUUCUCCUCCUACAAGAGGUCGCUUCGUCCACGAUUCAGAUUCGGAUUUUCGUCCUGCCAAGGAAGUCAAGUCUGCAGCCAAGUCUGUAGAUAAGCCUUCCAAGCAAAGCGUUUCUCCCGCUGCUCCUCCUUCCGAACCUCGCCCUUCUUCACUUACCUCCCCUGUUGAGGAUAAACCUUCUCCAGUCAAUUCUCCUGGUCCUUUAGACGGAGAUGCCGACGCGGGAAGUGAAGAGCUUGUCAAUGACUCAGACAACGAUGGUGAUGUAGAGGAUGCCGUUGAGGAUGCCGUUUACGAGGAGGAACCGACUGUUGAGGAUGAGCCUCAGGAAUCCGUCGAAGAGCCAACUGCGCAACGGACUGCGGUGAACCCUCCAAAGAAGUGA